UGUGAUGUUUUGUAGCACGUAAACAAAUUGGAAUAAUUUCAACUAUUAUUUUCUUAAAACACCUCAAAAACCAUAAUGAAGAAAGAAGAAGUUCAAGAAAUCUUUUUGAAAAUAUUGAAAGAAGAGGAGGAUGUAUCGGCAGGAGUCGCUGCCAUUAGGACAUUGUUAUCUGUUAUAGAAAAUUACAAAGUGGCAACAGUUAGAGAGCUGGAUCUGAACCUGCAGUUAGCAGUAGAUGCCAUGAAACAUUGUGACCAGCCUGUGACUGCCAUCUCAUCAGGAUGUGAGCUGUUCAUGAGAUUUAUUACCUUUGCCAAGCUUGAUGUUAAGUCCUUUGAAGAGUGUGAACAAAUUAUGCUGCAAAGAGGUCACAUAUUCCUCAACACCUUACUGGAGGCUAGAGGGAAGAUUGCCAAUAUAGCAGCACAUGCCAUAAAUGAUGGAUAUAGAAUUUUAACACACUCCCGGUCCAGAGUUGUCCUGCAAGCCAUGUUACAAGCAGCCAAAGCCAAUAAAAGGUUUAAAGUCUAUGUGACAAUGUCUGGUCCUGACAAUAGCGGUUUACUUAUGCAGAAGCAAUUAGAAGAAGCUGGUAUAGAUGUGACCCUCAUUUUGGAUGCAGCGGUCGGCUAUAUUAUGGAACAGGUGGACUUGGUCCUGCUGGGUGCUGAGGGGGUCACUGAAAAUGGUGGUAUUAUUAAUAAGAUCGGAACCUACUCAUUAGGUAUAGCGGCCUAUGAACUGAAGAAACCAGUGUUUGUAUUGACAGAGAGCUUUAAAUUCUCCAGAAUAUACCCUCUGAAUGAGAAAGACUUACCAAAUGAGUUCAAAUAUUUGUCAAGUGUCAUAAAGUCUGGUAAAGACCUCUCGAAAGAACACCCCCUAGUUGACUACACGCCCCCUGUAUAUAUUACCCUGCUGUUCACCGAUCUAGGAAUUUUAUCGCCAUCGGCAGUUAGUGACGAACUUAUGAAGCUGUAUUUGUAAAUAUCUCUGUG